AGUCUUCUUUCCUGGAGUCUUGCAGAGCUCAGUGCAAGCAUGGGUUACUCAAAGCUUAGUUGCGAGGCUUGCCUACAAAAUCCUAGCAAAUGUACAGUAAUUUUCCAUGUGCCUUCUUAAUUCUCACAAGGGGUUCAGUUUCCUUGAUGAUGGGAUGAGUUGUGCAUCCGGAAGUGAAACAAAUACAGAAUUAAAAUUUGCUUCUUUCUGCUAGUGAGGUCAGAACUGAGUUUGCCAUCAGCAAAUGUCAGCCAGGAUGAUGGCCUGCUACCCUGCUCACAUGUACUGCCUGAGGCAGGAAAGCCACAGUAAGGAAUAAACUGUUCUUAUUUUCAGCAGUAGAUACAAAGUCCUGAUAUGAAAUAUUCCGCUUAUUCUAAGUACUGUUUCUUAAAAGUGUUGGAGAUAUAUUCGACAUUUUGCAAAAGCCCAGUAUAUUACUAACUUGAACACAAUCCCAUUUCCACUUCUGCAUGCAAAUAUAUAAAGUCUAUACCUGUAUGAUAUGUAUGUAUAUCCUGCAAGGAUAUAAGUGCCUUAAUGUGGAGAUUACUGUGUCCCAGCAACUGGGAUGCUGCUUUAAGAGGCACUUUUCUCCAUGGGUGUUCACUAUGUAUUCAGGAGGGACCUGCUGCUCCCUGUGGUGCACCCCAAGGCCUCCAUAUACACAGGGGACAGCCAGCUCCAAACUGGCAGCACAGCUAUACUUGCACUGCAUUUUAUUAUCGCUUGCUGACAUCUACUGGCUAUGGAAUGAAUUAUUUCAGAGGGCCUCUGAGUGAGGACAAGGAGCAGGCCUGGUUGGGAGAGGCCUUCUCUGGUGGACUGCACGGUGGCCUCCAUGACACACCAGGCCCAAGCAUGCACUGCCGCAUGUACCGACUGCUUGAGGUGGCACAGUGCCCUUUAUUGGCAAUAUUCCCCGUUUUGCUCUGUUUUUAUGGAAAGACUCUUAGUUCAGUGUGCAAGAUGGAGAUGAUAAGGGACUCACUGCUGUGGAAAGGGUCCAUGUUCUCACAAGAGGAUCACAGCCAGUGCCUCCAUCAGAAUCCCCUUGUGUACAACCUAUUUGCUGAAAAGACAAAGACCUUGAAUAACUUCCUCAUGGCCAACAAGUCUAAGGAAAACGUAGAUGACUCAGAAUGCUGUAAGGACAACUACAAAAACUACAUACAGCAAGCACUGAGAAACAAUGGCUGCUUCUCCUGGGGAGUGGAUCAAGUCAUCAGAUCUACAGAAAAAGAGGACACUGUACUCCCACAAACUGAGAAUUUGGCUGCUGAAUGGAUGGACAGAGCUGAAGCUUGGGAUAGAGGAAGGAUCAACAUCUUUGCCUGCGAUAAUGGCAUUGAAAAACUCCCGUAACGUGAUCUGAGCCACUUCCAGGAAUCUCUCUGGAACCUGCUGAUACAAGGAGACAAUGGCAUUAAUACAGUUUUCAAUUUCAAGUCUCUGGUUCUUCAAAGGAAACUGAGCUAAGUUCUUUCUUUCAGAAAGGGGCUUACAUAGCACCUGCAUUUUCUAAAUGUGGCAGCCUUCUAUUCUCUUAUGCAAAGCUGUUAUAUAUAGUACUAUAGCAAUAACUUUUAUAACAUGUGUUAGAGAUCUUUGUAAAGUCUACUGACAGAAUGUAGGUAACAAAAUGUUACUGUCUGAGUUUGGAGAGUGGGGGAUUUAUAGGAUAUAAUUAGCGGGAGGGGAAACAAACACUAUUGUCUUUAAGGAGAGAAAUCUCUGCUUGAUAUUUUACCCGUGCAUUUACGACUAUGUUCUCUAUGUCGGGACUAAUACAAAAGUUAUGCACAUCUAGAAAGCUGCCUGUACCUCCAUGCUUAGCUUUGGUCACAGCCGGUGCUGAAAGCUACCAAGGAAAUAGGAUAUCUCUGAAUGUUGUUUGGAGUUGAAAAACAAGCAAGCAAGCCUUCAGUGAACAGCUUGGUUCUGUGGCUCCUGUGUGAGAGUCUCCUGUAAGAUGACUUUCUUGGGAACCAUUAUGGCUUUCUCUUCUUUUCCAAAAGACUACAGAUACUAUCCCAACCCCUUCAAUGGGCGCAUUGUGCUUCAAGUGAUGAUUCACUUUUUCGCUACGGAGCUGCUUCUCUCCUUGUAAAUACAAAGAUGCUUUCAUCAUAGAUUAGUCAUAAGGAGAGAAAUUUGAUGUGUCAAACUCAUUUGGGUUUUCUGAAUGUCACCGUCACCCCACAGGAGAGCCAGCAGGGGCACGCCAUUCUCAAUGAGUGAAUGUUAAAAAACAGCUCCAAACUUUAGUAAUGCAUUCUACACAGUUGUUUCGGAUAUCAGCACCACCUUCUUACCCCCUUCCUUCAGUGAUUUGAAAGCAAACACUUCAACAAACAGCAGGUCAGUCACAACGUUGAAGUCAUCUCCACAAAGGUAUUAUUUUCCAUUUUUAUAAUGGAAAUAUGGCUUCACAGCGCUAGGACUGCUAAUGCACAGCCGGCCACUGGCCAGCAGGCUUAUAAUAGCAAGUACUCCCUCAGUGCUAUUCUUUGCCCACUCUGACACACCUGGCAAGAGCAAUUCUCUGACCUGCAGUAGGAUCCACGCAAACCGUCCCUGUGGCCAAUGCAGAGCUGAGCAGCUCUCGCUCAUUUACUGAAUGUGUGUCACACUGCCAGAUCACUGCCUGCACCUUACCUCUAUUUCAGGCUUUUGUUCUUCUGCCUUUCAAAGCCACUUCUAGAAAACUUGCCUGGAAAAGUGCAUGUUUAAUUUGAUCCUAUACAGCUCUGGAGCCUUACUCACCUAUCAUGAGUGGGGAAAUGCUAGCCCUCUGCUAGCCACGUUUUGCUAGCAGAGAAGCAUGAGAUCAGCUCCCCUGAAAUCAGCUGACAAAGGCUGUUUCCAGAAGCCCUGAUGCCUCUGGAAUCUCCCUGUGGACCUCCAAGAGCAAAACCUGGCCCCACGUGCUCUUCUCUGUUCCCAAAGACAGACAUUUCCUUCCAUGGAAAUUUUUCCCUCAACAGGCUAUACAGAAAGAAAUUCUUGUACAGACAUUCAUUGCAGCAGUAACUAUGAGAGAAGAAGAUAACUAUUACCUUUCACUUAUUGCAGCUUACAGAAAUAAUGCAAAAUUUGACAUAACCACUCUGCUGUUUGCAUGCUUGUGGAUACAUCUACCAAAGACACCCCACUUGUCUUGUUCUUGCAUUGCUGUAAGAAGUGAUACACUUUUCUGUUCAUGCAGUUCCAACAACUGCUCCCAUACUGUUCUCGAUGCUCAGUAUCACUCAGAGCCAACGAAGGCAAGGAGUCACUGGCUAUAUGAUACCAGACAGCAAGAAAUACAGCAGAUAACCACCCUUCUGAUGUACACAUGGAUGUCAGCUCAUGAGUUUUUCCCCUUGUGCUUGGGAAGAAGAGCUCACAACCUUUAAUUCUGGAGUCCACUCCAGAGAACCAAUAUCAGGUACCUUUCUUUCUUUCCUUCCAAGUCACUGGAGAUAGGAUAGUGGCAAUUACAAGCAGCUAAGUGAGCAGCCUGAAGUCUUACGUCUUCCUACCUGGUUACACCUGGGACAAAUUCAAGCACGGAAGUGACAACCUGGGUUCAUCCUUUGCCAUGCAACUUCUACCUGUGCGUGUGAAAGUUUUCCAGAUAGGGGAUGCUGCAUUUCAUGGGGUAUGAAGUGUGAACCCCCUAUGCCACCAGCUUCCAGGCCUCCCACUCCCUUAAGGACAGGCAGGCUUUCUUUUAGGCUAGGAGUUAGCUUUCAGGGUCUGACUUCAUUCUACUUGAUCACAUCUGAGGGCCUGGGUCCCCCUAGACCUGGUACAACAGGCUGCAGAGAGCAGCUCACAAACAACAGUGAAUGAAGAGACCUCCUUAUUAUGUGGAGCUCCCAGAGAUCUUCCCUACUCCUGAAGCACUACAGCCAUUCAUAACUCUUUCCUUUUGGGAUGUUAUUAGCGAUUUUUCAUGUCAGACUGGAUUACACACUUUACUUUUCAUGUUGUAAUGUGAAUAGCACUGUGAUUAAUCCCCACAGGACAGUAUGUCGGCCAACAUUUUUCCUUUCUAGAAAGAGUAACCACGUAGUGCAUUCUUUUUUUUUUUCUUUUUUUUUUUUUUUCAUUUUGAAGAAAAUAUUAGUGAAGUUCAGAGCCUGAAAAUAAGUACUUAACUGGAUAGGUAGUUAGAUUUUUCAGUGGACAAUUAAUCAGUCAGCCAUAUUAAUGAUGCGUCCAGGGGUAGCAUUUCCCUGACCCUAAGUGAUGGGGACCCAUUCAGCACAUCUUUACACCUAGCUGACUGAACAUCUCUGAAGUAGGAACAUCUGCAGAAAAUGCUUCAGUGACAAAUAAACUCCGUUUCUUUUAAUAGAAUCAACAAUGCCUACUAUGAACCCAGGGCAUUUUCUUAGCAUCAGGUGGCAGCAGUCAAUCAAAGAACCACAUUGUACGUGCACCAGGAGGAGACAAUGAGGUCUGCUAAGGGGCAGGCGAGGUGGGUUCCAGGCUGAUUUAGCAAGAAAUCACACUUUGUCACACACAAAGCUAUCAAUAUAACCUAGGAAAAAGUCCCAGGCCAAACUUUUGACUAGCGUAAAUCUGCCAGCUUCAGAGCAGCUCUGCUGACUUACACCUGGUACACAUUGAGCCCCUGCCUCCUGACGCAGCCCAGCAGCCACCACCAUCCCCCGACUCCAGCCUGAGCCAUGCUCUCACAUCCCAUGAAAACUGUGAGUGAAUUAAAGCUCUCAUCUGUUCUUGUCUAUUUGUGCUGUUUUAACUAUUGACGUGUUCCUUGGCUUAAACAACAGACCUGAGGUAUUUCACUCCUGUGUUUGCACGUGCAACUGCUGUGCCAAAUAGUUCAGGUUAGCACUACAAAGGAGUAUGACAUUAAAAAUACUUAGCACAAAUUAUUUCUAUAAAAGUAUAGUUCCAAUGGCUCAGAAGUUGGAGCCAAGGCUGACCUAGCUUACACUUCUUUCCUGCAGAAGCAUAUGCAGUUGCAGAAAGUGAUGUGCUUUAUA